AUGAACUCGCCUUCUCACACCAAUGUACCCAUGGUACCGGCACAACACUCUCUGCUUCUUAAGCUCCCUUCGGAACUGCGUCUUGAAAUCUACGAUAUUCUAGGUCGCCGUGAACCCAAAAGCUACCCCUUCGGAUGGGGCCCAAUCCGCUUCAUUGAUCGAAGAGCCCCUCCUACAGCACUCAUGGCCACGUGUCGCUAUCUCCAUGACGAGAUUCUCGCCCACUUCUACAAUACCGUCACCUUCCAUUAUCUUACACAAACUUCUACUUUUCCUCGUAUCAGCGGCCUUUGCCCCAUUGCACUCGCUACUGUCCGGUGGGUCAAGAAGUUUCACUUGAAAAUCUACUGGAAAAGGCGGGGACCGUCUUUGGAAGAGAAUUAUAGCAAAGACCUCCAUUUCCUAAUUCGCUGGCUUGAGGACAUAACCAAGAUGCUGCUCAGAGAGGCAAAAAGCAUCGAGACGGUUACCAUCGCAGUGGUUGACUUGACCGUUGGUGUAGAUUGGGAGUACAAGAAGAGGCUUUUGGAUCCAUUGAAAAUGUUGGGUCAGCGAGCAGUGCUGCGCUUGGGGGAGGUGACAGCGACAGGCGAAGAAGAGGAGGUCGAGUUGACAGCACGAAUGAAGCUGUGUCUGGAUGGGAUCAACGAGGAGCGGCUGGGCACAAGCGACGUGACUACUCUUGGUGAACAAUGA